ACCAAUUACCAAUUCUCUGUUCACUUCUCAAUUUGACAAUUCUCAAAACCCAAACCCUAUCAUCUCUCUCAAACGCAUCAACGCAAAGAUCAAAAAUAGUAAAAAAAAACUCAAUUUUAAGAACAUCAAAUCAUCGAUCAAGAUAAAAGCAUUCAUUAAGGUCGGGGCGAAGCAUUUUCAAGUAUAGAAUUCAAGAGUCGGCACAAAAAGAAAAGAUUAGAUAUACACGUUGGUGGACCAAAUAGUGCUCAUAACCAGGCAAAGAAGAAGUCUGAAGAUCUAAUGCGAUAAGAUCAAUCAAUUCAAGCUGCAUUUUUUAAGCUAUCCAAUCAAACUAAGCUAGAGCACAUAAUUCAUUUAAAAGCUUCAGUUGAGGUGGUGAGACUCCUUUUGAAUCAAGGAUUGGCAUUUCAUGGACAUCGUGACGAUGAAUCAUCAUUAAAAAAAGGUAAAUUUUUGGAAAUUUUUUCAUGGUAUGCGAGGCGGUGUGAUAAAAUUAGAGAUCUUGUGUUGAAAAAAGCUCCAAAAAAUGAUCAGUUGACUUCUCAUAAAAUUCAAAAAGAUAUUGUCACUGCAUGUAAGCUUGAAACAAUUAAAUCUAUUAUGGAGGAUCUAAAUGGUGAUUAUUUCUCAUUGCUAGUCGAUGAAUCUUGUGAUGUGUCACGUAAGGAGCAAAUGACAAUUGUUUUGCGAUAUAUUGAUAGAUUGGGAUUUGUGGUUGAAAGGUUUAUUGGGAUUGUUCAUGUUCGUAAUACUAAUGCUUUAUGUUUAAAAGAAGCAAUUGUUAACUAUCUUGCUCAACAUUUUUUGAGUUUGUCUCAUAUACGUGGGCAAUGUUAUGAUGGAGCAAGCAAUAUGUAAAGACUUCUAAUGGGCCUUAUAAUUUUGAUUCAACAAGAAAGUAGAUUAGCUCAUGCAAUCCAUUGUUUUGCUCAUCAGCUUCAGUUGACGCUUGUCGGGUAUCUAAAAAAUGUCUUCAAGUUGGAGAACUUGUAUUGUUGAUUUCUAUUGUCUUAAAUGUAGUGGGAGGUUCCUUUAAACGGAUGGAUGAACUUCGAGAAUCUCAAGCAGAAAAAGUUCAAGAGGCACUAGAUAUGGGUGAGGUUGAAACUGGUAAAGGCUUCUAUCAAGAAAGUGGUAUUGCUAGAGCUGCUGAUACUCACUGGGGUUCACACUAUAAAUCUUUUAAGAAGUUUAUUAGUAUGUUUGGCUCUAUUACAAAUGUUCUUGAUACUAUUAUUGUUGAUUCUGAAUCCAUUGAAGAAAAAGCUAAGGCAACAAGAUAUCUUAAGGUUUGUCAAACAUUUGAGAUUGCUUUCAUAUUGCACUUAAUGAGAGAUAUUUUAGCGUUCACAAAUGAGCUUAAUGAGUCCUUACAGAAGAAAGAACAAGAUAUUGCAAAUGCCAUUCUACUUGUUAAAGUGGUGAAGAGACGAUUGCAAAAUCUAAGGAAUGAAGAAUGAGAUUCACUUGUCGAGAAUGUGUCUAUAUUUUGAGUUAAGUAUGAUAUUUUGAUACCUAAUUUUGAUGAGUUCUAUGCUAAUUUUGGAAGAUCUCGACAUAAAGUUGCCGAGUAUAUUAUCUCACAUCACUAUCGCGUUGAAGUUUUUUUUAAGAUUAUUAAUU